CGGCAAUUACUAAAUACAAAUAGGAAUUAAUUAUGAAGAUAAUAAGUUAAUUAUUUUAGUAAUCAUAUUUGCUUGCUAGAGAAUAAAUGUGAUUAGUAGGACAAUAUUGAUUGGACCUACAACUAAAAUAAUUUAAUCCUAUAAGGUCACACAUAUAAGCACUAAUUGGAAUGGGCCCAAAAGGCCCGAUGGCAACCGGUCUAUUAAGGGAAAGAAUGUUGGGCCUUGGUUUUGUGUUAACCUAAAACUCUCACAUUAUAAUAGUUAUAAUGUCAGGGAUUUAGAAAUCACGUUCAUUCAAAAUAUCUGACAAAAAGAAAAACACAAAAACCCUAAUUCUAAUUCUCUAAACGCCGUACAUCCCAAACAAAGCAAGAGACAGAUUGUGAUCGUUCUCUUCCGUACUAGCAUACGUGGGAUUCAAUUCGUGCUUGUGGACUGAGUAGAGGAGCAACAAGUGGGGCUCUAAGAUCUUCGAAGCUUGCAUACGAACGGGAGAACACGCUUCAAAGUUAUCAUGUCUGGUGCAAACAACUCUACUUUUAACUUGCGCCCUCUAAUUGAAAACAAACUGAAUGCACACAACUUCCUACAAUGGGAAAAGGCUAUGAGAAUUGUUCUCAGAGCGGAAGGAAAAGAAAAUGUUCUUGAAAAUCCACUCCCUCUUGAACCCCUGCCAGAAAAUGCUACUGAAGCUCAAUGUCGAGCUAAACAAACUCUCCAGGAUAACUCUCUGCAAGUAACAUGUUUGAUGCUUGCUUGCAUGGAACCAGAGUAUCAAAAGCGUUUUGAUGGUCUGGAUGCCUACACAAUAAUCCAGCAACUGAAAACUUUGUUUCAGAAGAAUGCUAGAUUAGGGAGGUUGCAUAGUAUGAUGGUUCAGGACGAGGGGAACUUACCUGGUGAACCUGAACAUAAGGAUGUUCUAAUGGUCAAGAGAGGUAAGCAGUUCAAGAGUAUCAAUGUCAUAGAAGUUAAUUUAGCUACAACUACUUCUUGGGUAUUUGAUACCGCUUGUGGGUCGCACAUUAUUGGUAAUGUGCAAGGACUAAAAAGAAGUAGAAGCUUGAGCAAAGGCGAAGUGGAUCUCCGAGUAGGCAAUGGAGCAAGAGUUGCUGCUUUAGCUGUAGGAGAUUAUAGUUUACGCUUGCCUUCUGGUUUAAUAUUAGAACUUUAUAAUUGUUAUUACGUUCCAGUUAUUACCAAGAACAUAAUUUCUAUUCCGAUUUUGGACUCGGAAGGUUUUUCAUUUCAAAUUAUGAAUAAUUGUUGUUCAGCAUAUUUGAAUGGUAUGUUCUAUGUCUCUGCUAAAUUAUCAAAUGGUUUGUAUGUACUAGACUUACAAAACCAUAUCUAUCACAUAGAAAACAAGAAACACAAACCAAAUGAUUUGAACCCUACUUACCUAUGGCAUUCUGCUGUUGUCCGUAAGAUAAGUGCAAGAUGGGAGGUUGAGCUAGCAGAAGCUGCUGCUGCUGUACGGUACGGCCUGAUGAUUGCUAAAGGGUUGAGCUUGAACAACAUCAUGGUGGAAUGUGAUGCAUCAAAUGUAGUCAGGAGUUUGAAGAGCAGGUCUGAGGGACUAUCACCAUUUAUGUUAGUCCAUGAUGAUAAUAAUCGGUUGAGGGAUGAUUUUGAGUCUUUUUCUUGUUUUCAUAGGAUAAGGAUUGCAAUAAAAAUUUAG